GCUCCGCCCUAGACAGGAGGGCGUGUGGCGUCACUUCCGGCUUCCUCCUGUCUGUCGGCCCCGGAGCACGAGUUGUGAAGGGAUCCACUUGCGUGCGGAAUCCCUCAGAACCAUGGCGUCCCUGUCCCUUACACCUGUUAACAUCUUCAAGGCAGGAGCUGAUGAAGAGAGAGCAGAGACAGCUCGUCUGGUAAGCCUUGUUCUAACCAUUGUUUUAAAGAUAAAAAUGGAGGCCGGGCGCACAGAAUCUUUAAUUGCAAAAAAGAUUCAUCCACAGACCAUCAUAGCGGGUUGGAGAGAAGCCACAAAGGCUGCAAGAGAGGCUCUGUUGAGUUCUGCAGUUGAUCAUGGUUCCGAUGAAGUUAAAUUCCGUCAAGAUUUAAUGAAUAUUGCGGGCACAACGUUAUCCUCAAAACUUCUUACUCAUCACAAAGACCACUUUACGAAAUUAGCUGUAGAAGCGGUUCUCAGACUGAAAGGCUCUGGCAACCUGGAGGCAAUUCAUAUUAUCAAGAAGCUAGGAGGAAGUUUGGCAGAUUCCUAUUUAGAUGAAGGCUUUCUGUUGGAUAAGAAAAUUGGAGUAAAUCAACCAAAACGAAUUGAAAAUGCUAAAAUUCUUAUUGCAAAUACUGGUAUGGAUACAGACAAAAUAAAGAUAUUUGGUUCCCGGGUAAGAGUUGAUUCUACAGCAAAGGUUGCAGAAAUAGAACAUGCAGAAAAGGAAAAAAUGAAGGAGAAAGUUGAACGUAUUCUUAAGCAUGGAAUAAAUUGCUUCAUUAACAGGCAGUUAAUUUAUAAUUAUCCUGAACAGCUCUUCGGUGCUGCUGGUGUCAUGGCUAUUGAGCAUGCAGAUUUUGCAGGUGUGGAACGCCUAGCUCUUGUUACAGGUGGUGAAAUUGCCUCUACCUUUGAUCACCCAGAAUUGGUAAAGCUUGGAAGUUGCAAACUUAUUGAGGAAGUCAUGAUUGGAGAAGACAAACUCAUUCACUUUUCUGGGGUUGCCCUUGGUGAGGAGAUGUUGAUGGCUCAUGCUGUGACACAGCUUGCCAAUAGAACACCAGGCAAAGAAGCUGUUGCAAUGGAGUCUUAUGCUAAAGCACUGAGAAUGUUGCCAACCAUCAUAGCUGACAACGCAGGCUAUGACAGUGCAGACCUAGUGGCACAGCUCAGAGCUGCUCACAGUGAAGGCAAUACCACUGCUGGACUGGAUAUGAGGGAAGGCACCAUUGGAGAUAUGGCUCUCCUGGGUAUAACAGAAAGUUUUCAAGUAAAGCGUCAAGUUCUUCUAAGUGCAGCUGAAGCAGCAGAGGUGAUUCUGCGUGUGGACAACAUCAUCAAAGCGGCACCCAGGAAACGUGUCCCUGAUCACCACCCUUGUUAAGCAUUCCCAUGUGCUGUUGAUCACUGGACCAGUUUCUAGCAAAGUUGUGUUUGAAAGAUAGCCUCUUAAAGAAGACAGUGCAAUCUGUUUAUCGGUGCCCAUUAUAUCCUUAAAUUUGGACAUUUAGCUGACCUUCUCUUUUAACAUGGGUCUAAUUUAUUUGCCACGUAAUUUUCCAUACAAAUCACUUGAUUUAAAAGUUCAUUUCUCAUACUGUGCAUUAAAAUAAAAAUUUGAACAAUUA